CACAUUUAACCUGUUUCACUCAGAUUGACGUGCAAGUAAGAAAUAGCCCAUGUCACUCACUGUUUCUAUGUGUCCACACAUAAAGGCGUCAUGGAUUUAAACAUCACCCUCACCGGGCGCGAUUUGUCCGGUUUUGGCGCACUGGCGCAGAUACUUUUUGGGAAUAACUCACUUUUUCCAUUUGAAAACACCACAGCCGUUUCUAAAACAGACGAGGAAGAUUUGGAAGUGAACACGGAUAUUUAUUCAAAGGUGAUAGUCACGAUUAUCUAUGUGGCUCUGUUUGCUGUGGGCUCUCUGGGGAACUCCAUCACCCUGUACACCCUGCUGACCAAAAAGACCCUGCAGAACCUCCAGAGCACCGUUCACUACCACCUGGCCAGCCUCGCCGUUUCCGACCUGCUGAUCCUCGUCCUCUCUAUGCCCAUCGAGCUCUACAACUUCAUCUGGUUCCAUCACCCUUGGGUGUUCGGGGACGCGGUGUGCAGGGGUUAUUACUUCCUCAGGGACAGCUGUUCUUACGCCACUGCGCUCAACAUCGCCAGCCUGAGUGUGGAACGCUACAUGGCCAUCUGCCACCCGUUCAAAGCAAAGAGCAUCAUGUCCCGCAGCCGCACCAAGAAGCUCAUCAGCGCCAUGUGGCUGGCAUCCUUCGCUCUCGCCUCGCCGAUGCUAUUCAUCAUGGGCCAGGCGCUGCGCAAUGGCGAGAAUAUUUGCACCACUAUCGUCUCCCCUGUGACCAUGAAGACCGUGCUUCAGGUCAACGCUUUUCUGUCCUUUGUGGUACCCAUGGUGGCCAUAUCAGCGUUGAACGGGGUCAUAGCCAAUCAACUGCUGCGUAUGUUCCGUGAGGCAGAGCAAGACAACCGUGUCUGUAUCAUUGGCGGCAAUCCCACCAUGCUGAAUGUCACUGUGGAGCCCAACCGUGCUCAGUCACUUCGCCAUGGAGUUCUUGUUCUUCGAGCUGUGGUCAUAGCCUUCGUGGUCUGCUGGCUGCCCUAUCACGCUCGGCGCCUCAUGUUUUGCUACGUCUCCGACUGGUCCGACGACCUGUAUGACUUCUACCACUACUUCUACAUGCUGACCAACGUCCUGUUCUACGUCAGCUCGGCCAUCAAUCCGAUCCUCUACAACCUGGUGUCGGCCAACUACCGUCAGAUCUUCUUCUCCACGUUGCGCUACGUCUGCUUGCCCUGCCACCGGACGCCUAGGAGGCACCCCAACGCCCUGACCCGCCACUCCAUCAGCAUCUCCAGCAACCACACCCUCUCCACCAACAUCAUCAAAGAGACGGCGUAUUGA